UUUCUCUUACUUCUUCGAGCAGUAACUCUCAUGCUGCUUGAUGAUCAAGAAACAACACCCAGAAGCCGAUGUCAUCUGUACUGUUUUCUUCCGAUCUGAUUUGGUUUAGGGCCAAGUUUACAAGGGAAGAGGAGAUUCGUACUCUGAGCUUGAGUAUCCGAUCAGUACGUGUAUGACCUGAUCAGAUAUUUGCACGCUCUUAUUUGAUUUAUCUUCAUUUUCCCACCAAUUCCCUCACUUCCCAAAUCCAUGGACAUAAUUGACUUCCUCCGAUUCACAAGUUACAAAUCGUUUCACUCCAACUACAUGUACAUAGAGAAAUACCUAUAUUUAUAUGCAUGGUAGAGACAGAAGAGAGGGGGAGAGAGAAAGAGCGAGUGGCGUGUUCAUUUGGUUUUGUUGUAGUAAACCUCAACAAUAACAACAACAAAAGAAAUACAUCAAUCUCCACUGAUCAGAUCAACUUUCGAUGGCGACGUACUUUCAUGGUAACUCGGAAAUCCAAUCCCCCGACGGCGGCUUGCAGACUUUAGUCCUCAUGAACCACGGCGGUUACGUCCAGUACUCAGAUACUAAUCAACAUCAACAGUCACCGUCGGCAGCAGCCACUAACCAACAGCUUGUCUUCCUCAACUCCUCAGCCGGGGCCAAUCAGCUCGCUCAGGGCUCUACUCACCCCCACGCGCCGCCCUCCCACACCCAGCAAUUUGUCGGCAUACCGCUCCCUACGGUGUCGUCUCAAGACCCUAGUAACUCGCAGGCCAUGCAUCCUCACCACGACAUGGCAGCUCUCCACGCCUUCAUGCCGCGCAUUCAGACUCAGUACGCGCUCUGGAACUCAAUCGACCCUUCCGCGCGUGACACCCCACGCGCUCAGCAGGGUUUGUCACUGAGCCUGUCGUCGUCCCAGCAGCCAGGGUUUGGGUCCUUCCGUGGGGCGCCUGACCGGGAUGUCCCGACUGGUGAGGAUAUUCGGGUUUCAAGCGGCUCCAACUCUUCGGCUUCGGGUGUGACUAAUGGGGUUUCGGGUAUGCAGAGCGUGUUGCUGAGCUCCAAGUACUUGAAGGCUGCACAGGAGCUUCUUGAUGAGGUUGUCAACGUUGGAAGUGGGAUGAGGACUGAGUUGCCUAAGAAGGGUAAUGGGAGCCAGAGUAAGUCCAUGGCUGAGUCUUCUAUGGCGGCCGCCGGAGAGAGUUCGGUCGGUGGAGAUCAAGAUAGUGGGAAGCGUGCUGUUGAGCUAAGCACUGCCGAGAGGCAGGAAAUUCAGAUGAAGAAGGGAAAGCUCAUCAACAUGCUUGAUGAGGUGGAUCAAAGGUACCGACAAUACCAUCGCCAGAUGCAAAUGGUGAUUUCCUCGUUUGAGCAAGCAGCCGGGAUUGGUUCAGCCAGAACAUACACAGCUCUUGCACUUCAAACAAUCUCAAAGCAAUUCAGGUGCUUGAAAGAUGCAAUCACAAACCAAAUUCGAGCCGCGAACAAGAGCUUAGGUGAAGAGGAUUGCAGUGGGGGGAAGAUUGAAGGUUCAAGGCUAAAAUAUGUCGACCAUCAGCUGAGACAGCAAAGAGCUCUCCAACAGUUGGGAAUGAUCCAGCACAAUGCUUGGAGACCCCAGAGGGGAUUGCCUGAAAGAUCUGUUUCUGUUCUUCGUGCUUGGCUUUUCGAACACUUCCUGCACCCCUACCCAAAGGACUCAGACAAGCACUUGCUUGCAAAGCAAACAGGGCUUACUAGGAGCCAGGUUUCAAAUUGGUUUAUAAAUGCUCGAGUUCGUCUGUGGAAGCCAAUGGUGGAGGAAAUGUACUUGGAGGAAAUCAAGGAGAAUGAGCUUAAUGGAUCAUCUGAGAAAAUGACCAAGAGCAAUGAGGAUUCUGCAUCAAAGUCCACACCUCCACAAGAGAGAAGUCCUGCAACUGAUCACAACCAAACCAAUGGUACUUUCAAUUCCAAAGAGUCUUCCACAAAUCAUAUUGCUGCUCCUCCAUCCGUAUCAAUGUCAAUGUCCUCAGCUUCAACAUCUCCCACAAACAUUGUUCGGAACCAGUCCGGAUUCAGCCUCAUCGGAUCAUCAGAAUUGGAUGGCAUCACACAAGGCAGUCCAAAGAAGCCAAGGAGCAUUGAAAUAAUGCAUUCCCCAAAUAGUAUGAUGAACCAUAUGGAUAUCAAGCCUCAAGAGGUGAGCAAUGACCAAGUUUCUAUGAAAUUUGGGGAUGAGAGGCAGAGCAGAGAUGAAUACUCAUUCAUGGGAGGACAGACCAAUUUUAUUGGGAAUUUUGGACAAUACCCAAUUGGUGAAAUUGGGAGGUUCGAUGCAGACCAAUUCACGCCACGGUUCUCAGGCAAUGGUGUGUCUCUCACUCUUGGUCUUCCUCAUUGUGAAAACCUCUCCUUGUCAGGUGCCCAUCACCAAACUUUUCUACCAAACCAAAACAUGCAAUUGGGAAGAAGAGUUGAUCACAUUGGAGAAGCAAAUGAUCAGUUUGGAACCAUGAAUACUUCAGCUCCUCACUCUUCUGCUGGAUACGAAAGCAUCGACAUCCAGAAUCGAAAGAGGUUUGUAGCACAAUUGUUGCCAGACUUUGUGGCGUGAUAUCUCAAAUAAGAAGACCACCUAGAAGAAGCAUGGCAGGCUAUAUAUAUAUAUAUAUAUAUAUAUAUAUAUAUAUAUAUAUAUAUAUAUAUAUUCAUGCCACAGCGUUUGGUCUUCCCAAUAUUAAUUUCUUUCUAUGAUGCCCUCUAAAUACAUUGGGGACAAGGGACUAUGCAUGUGGUAGUGUAUAGAAAGAAGAAUUACUUAGUAUAGGUAUAUACUCUUGCAUAUAACCAUUUCAGAUCUUAGACAGCUUAGGAUUUGAGAACAUAUGGUUCAGGAUUGUAUAUUAUUUUGUAAGUUUUGGUGAUGGAUAGUUUGAUUGGUGUAAAACCUUAGUUAAG